AUGUCGAACGAUCUACUUUCUCCCUCACAGAAUAUUCUUCAUAGGGCGGAGUUUAAGCAGUCGACACUUGGUAUUCAUAUAUCAAAGAAUGGAAUAACGUUCUGCUUACAUCCUGCUCACCAAGAUGUAUCAUACGUAUAUUUUGACUCUAAACACGGAAAAUAUUCAAAGCAACAAAUUCUUCGUGAAAUGGAUGACUGGAAUCUCAUGCUCCAAACAUAUCUUCCGCAUAUUAACAUUCUCGCGACAACAAUCUCUUUCCCAGGUCCGAUAGAAGGCGAUUCAGUUGAGAUACCAAACUGGUGGUCAACUGGCGACAACAAGUUUUGCAAGGCUGAAUUUUCAGAAUUUUCAUUUUCAAAAUGCCAAUUCGAAUUUAUUAAUGAAAUUCAGGCUCCUGGCCACGGUCUUAUUUCAACAGAUGAAUUCUUCGGCUUAGAAGAUGACUUUAUUCCUCUCUGGAAGCCUCCAGCCCUCGAAACAAUGCCAACAUUGUAUCCAUUAUACUUCUCAAGCGAUGCAGCUGCUGUCCUCCAGGUUGCUUACGGCCUUGGCGCAGCAUUCAUCGUACCAAUAGACUCAUCAGACUCUUACCGUGUAAUCGCCUCAGAAUGGGGCCACUCUUUAGUCCAGCUUUGCGGCCCAGAUGAGCCAAACUACGACGAGGAACUUGAGCUUAUCAAGUUCAUCGGCUCAAAAGUCGGCCAUGCCGUUGAGUGGGAAGAUAUCUGCUCAUCCCGUGGUUUAAUUAACUGCUACGAGUUUGCACAGCACGGAAUUUCCGAUGGACAAGAUGUUUUGGCUCUUAUCGAAAAGGAUCCGAACGAGCCAAUUGCUCAGAAAGCUCUUUCCAUCCAUUUCCGCUUCUUAAUGAGAUUUGCAAGAAUGUGCGCAAUUUCAUUCACAUGCAAAUCAUUAUUCAUCACCUAUGGCGUCUUCCCAGGUGGUGUAAAGGCCCUCCAGAAGCAUAUUCCUCUCUGCAGAGAUGAGUUUAUGCACUUCACAAAGAGCGAGUGGGUUUCAUCAGUUUCUGUCUUCGUCCAGACAAGUGAUAAGAACAUUUCUGCACUCGGUGUUAUGUACCAUGCAUUCCUUCGUCUUGCAAGAAGCGAAAGUGACGAAGUUAACGGAGAUUAUGGUGAAGAAUAA